GGACAGACAGACAGAAAGGGUCAGGGUCCUGAAGCAUCCGGACAUCCUGGAAGUCUGAUUCCUACCUUGAGAGCCUCUUCCAAAAGGCCAUAUGUAGCCUGACACCGAGGGUACAGGACAUCAAGUGCCACCGAUCCAAUCAUGGCUGGCUUAGCGUGAGCUGGAGAACAGGUCUCAACACCUGGCUUCUUUGAGCACAGGAAACAGGCCUUCCUGGAAAAGUGUCAAAGGAGCCAGAACAUUGACCAGGCACCCAAGCUCUGAGGCCUUAGGGUGCUUUGGACCCCCAGGAUCCUCAACAGCACCUCCACUGGAACUUCUUCCUUCACCAGGACAGGAAGCUUCUAAGCACCGGUCUCUUUGUCUCUGAGGAGAGGUCAUCUUUUCAGUACUAAGGAGUGUCCACCAUUUGUGACCACCAACGGCGCUUGCUGACACCAUCAUGCCGCGUCGGACCCCUCUCUCUGCACUCUGCUGCUUCCUUCUCCCCUGGGCGUUCACCAUCCUUCACCAAGCCCUGGGGAACUCGGCCCCCCAUCCGGGUCCCCACUACCUCCUGCCCCCCAUCCACGAGGUCAUUCACUCUCGUCGUGGGGCCACGGCCACACUGCCCUGCGUCCUGGGCACCUCGCCUCCCAGCUACAAGGUGCGCUGGAGCAAAGUGGAGCCCGGGGAGCUCCGGGAAACGCUAAUCCUCAUCACCAACGGACUGCACGCCCGGGGCUAUGGGCCCCUGGGAGGGCGCGCCAGCAUGCGGAGGGGGCAUCGGCUGGACGCCACCCUGGUCAUCAAGAACGUGCGCCUGGAGGACGAGGGCCGGUACCGCUGCGAGCUCAUCAAUGGCAUCGAGGACGAGAGCGUGGCGCUGACCCUGCGCCUGGAGGGUGUGGUGUUUCCGUACCAACCCAGCCGCGGCCGCUACCAGUUCAAUUACUUCGAGGCGAAGCAGGCGUGCGAGGAGCAGGACGGACGCCUAGCCACUUACGGCCAACUGUACCAGGCGUGGACCGAGGGGCUGGACUGGUGCAACGCCGGCUGGCUGCUCGAGGGCUCGGUGCGCUACCCGGUGCUCAACGCGCGCGCCCCGUGUGGCGGUCAAGGGCGGCCAGGCAUCCGCAGCUACGGGCCCCGCGACCGCAGCCGCGACCGCUACGACGCCUUCUGCUUCACCUCGGCGCUGGCAGGCCAGGUGUUCUUCGUGCCCGGGCGGCUGACGCUGUCUGAAGCCCAUGCGGCUUGCCGGCGGCGCGGAGCUGUAGUAGCCAAGGUCGGGCACCUCUACGCCGCCUGGAAGUUCUCAGGGCUGGAUCGGUGCGACGGAGGCUGGCUGGCGGACGGCAGCGUUCGCUUCCCCAUCACCACGCCGCGGCCGCGCUGCGGGGGUCUCCCUGACCCCGGGGUGCGCAGCUUCGGCUUCCCCCGGCCCCAGCAGGCGGCCUACGGGACCUACUGCUACACCGAGAAGUAGGAGCGCACUGUCCUGCCACGCACGUGACGGAGUGGCGGGUCCCCUCUCGGCAGACGAGGACUGAGCCCCACACCUGCCUGCCCAGCCCAGCUCAGCUCACCGGGCUCCCGGGCAGAGGGGCGUCCCGGGCAUUAACUGACCAAUAAAAUAACAUGGCACCUUCUCUGUUCGAUAA